UUGUUGUGGUUUAAUUUUCCCUUUUUUGUUUAAGGAGUGUCUGUUACGCAUUUUUAUUUAGUUAUUUUAAUUUGAACGAAUUGUUUCGAAUUUGAUAAAAACAAUAACGAAAACCGUUAAUAAAGUGCAAUUUAAAUUGGCAUAAAACUGAACUUAUAACUUCUAUAAGAAGAAUUUUGAAAACUCCUAGAACCUUGCGAAUGCUGAACACCCAAGAAAAUUAAUAUUUAAAGCGCAUACGAUUACUUCAUCCACAAAAAAAUAUAAUCAACGUCCAGAAUGCAAAAAAAUCGGGACUAUGAAGGGGUGCCUCAAGAUGCUCCACCAAUUGUGAGACAACCACGAGCCACUAUGUCACCAGCAGAAGCUUGGAUGAGCAUUCCUAUUGGCAUACCUAACUGUCCAACUGGUCUAGAGUAUCUAACAGCCGUGGACCAGUUGCUUAUAAAGCAACAAGUGGAUUUGGUUGAAGUAUUCUUUGGCUGUGAAAUGAAAAACAAAUCAAAAAUAAAAAAUUCUGCUGGCGAAAAUGUCUAUUUGGCUGUGGAAGAUACACAUUGUUUGACUAGAAAUUUGUGCGGUUCUUGCCGGCCUUUCGAUAUUCAAAUUCUUGACAACUUUCAGAAUGAAGUGCUGCAUAUAUAUAGACCACUACGUUGCGAAUCCUGUUGCUUUCCAUGUUGUUUGCAAACAUUAGAAGUAUCUUCGCCGCCCGGAACGGUUAUUGGCAGUGUGGAACAAGAAUGGUCACUAUUACGUCCAUUAUACUUGAUUAAAAAUGCUUAUGGUGAAAAUGUUUUGCGUGUGCGUGGGCCGCGCUGCACUUUCAAAUGCUGUGCAAAUGUGGAAUUUGAUAUUUUUGCUAUGAAUGGAGAUAAGAUUGGAAAAAUUUCAAAGCAGUGGACAGGUAUUAACAAGGAAAUGUUUACUGAUGCUGAUUAUUUUGGAGUGAAAUUUCCAAUCGAGUUAGAUGUGCGAAUGAAGGCAGUUAUUUUGGCCGCAACUUUUCUCAUUGACAUGGUGCAUUUUGAAUAUUAAGAAAUUGCUAAAAAUGAUAAUUUGAGCUUAGCCAGUACAGCAUAUAUUGCUUCAACAUAAAGGACUUAUACAAAAUACGUAUACUCAACGCGCACAUUAACAUUAUUUCUUCCAUAAAGCGUUCACUUUUUAUGCUUUUCUUCAUCUUAAUGCUAACGAAGUACUUACAAACUCACCUGCUCACAAAUAAGACACCGAGAAAAGCCUUUUUUACACUAUUUGAGAAUAUAUAUUUUUUAAUAUUAUAUUUACAAUUACAAUCUAAAUAAUAAGGUUAAUGCUAUAUUUAUAUUGCAAAUAUUUUAAAUAUUGAUAAUGAUGCUACUUAUGCAAUCACUUGACAAAUGAUAAUAAAGUUGCAAUAAAUCA